AUGGCGGUCCGCGCAAGCUUUGAAAACAGUAACGAAGUCGGCGUCUUCUCCACCCUAACGAACUCUUACGCCCUCGUCGCCGUCGGUGCCUCGGAAAACUUCUACUCCAUCUUCGAAGCCGAACUCCAAGACGUCAUCCCAAUCUGCCACUGCACGAUCGCCGGAACACGAAUAAUUGGCCGUCUGACAGCUGGAAACCGCAAAGGUCUACUCGUUCCCACAUCGACAACGGACCAGGAGCUUCAGCAUCUACGAAAUAGCAUACCCGAUGAGGUCAAGAUUCAAAGGAUAGAGGAGAGGUUAUCAGCACUUGGCAAUGUCAUAUGUGCGAACGAUCAUGUUGCUUUGGUCCACCCGGAUCUGGAGCGCGAGACCGAGGAGAUUGUAGCUGACGUGCUCGGGGUAGAGGUCUUCAGACAGACGAUCGCGGAUAAUGUUUUGACUGGCUCAUAUAUGGCUCUCUCGAAUCAAGGCGGUAUCGUGCACCCGAAGACUUCGAUACAGGACCAGGAUGAGCUAUCGAGUCUGCUUCAAGUACCACUGGUUGCUGGGUCGGUCAACAGAGGUUCCCCUGUAGUGGGAGCUGGCAUGGUUGUCAACGACUGGAUGGCUGUGACUGGUCUUGAUACCACGGCUACAGAGCUUAGUGUUGUUGAGUCGGUGUUCAAGCUUGGAGAGGGCAUGGCACCAGGGGCAAUCAACACGACCAAUAAGGAGACUAUGGUUGAGUCUUUCUACUAA